AAAGUGUUACAAAUACAGCAUGUUGUCCAAGGGCCAAGCUCUGUUGCUGGCAGUGUUUGCCAUUGCAGUUUUCGGUACCACUUCUGUAGAAGGUGCCGCGCUAAACCGUACACCUCGUCAGCUGAGCAGCUUACUAACACUAAGUGGCGAAUCGAAUGCUAGAAUAGAAAAUGGUACCAUCAUUUGUGAUACGCUCAAGUGCCCGGCCGAAUCGUUCAAGUGUGUGAUCGUCAAAAACUCAACCAAGGACGACGUAAACAAGAUUCAAGUGACACGCGAGUGCCUUGAUCCGGCGGGCAAGGCGACCGCCAAGACGGUCACCACCGAGACGUCCAGCUUCCCGGGUCAGCAGUUCGAAAGCUACGCCGAAAUCGAUAAGAAUGGCAACAUUGCAUCUUUCGACAAUCGUGGCAACACGUACAAUCACUCGGGUUCCGGUGACAUUCAUUCCUAUCUUUACGAGCAGAUAGAGGACCUGCACAAGGCGAUACUAGAUCAGCUGUCCAAUGCGGGCAAUCCCUUUACUGCGUAGUGAUUUGGUUU